CUGUGAAGACACACGCUGCGCAUGCGCAGUUGGAAGUGGCCGUUGGAGUUGCCGAUGUGGCUGUUGUGAUGUUGUUUAACUUCUUCUCCGCCCGCAGCUUAUACAACAAACUGUUGCAAUGAAACUUUUUACACUAGUCUUCUUCUGCGUCUGCAGUUUCGUCGCAGCAGACGAAGACGACAGGCUGCCGAACAAAUGCGAAGUGUGUAAGUUUCUGACAAUAGAGCUGCAGGAUGCUCUGGAGAAAACUGGUCGCUCCAAGGAAGUCCUGGAGUUGGGAGAGGUGCUGGACACAGGCAAGAGGAGAAGAAAGAUCAAAUACAACACCUCGGAAACUCGGCUGACCGAGGCGGUAGACAACAUUUGUGAGCGCAUCCUGCAGUAUAGUGUCCACGCGGAGAGGCCCGGCAGCCUCCGAUAUGCCAAGGGUGCAAGUCAGACCAUGACGACCCUGAAGAACCUGGUUCACAAGGGAGUCAAAGUGGACCUGGGUAUGCCGUACGAGCUGUGGGACGAACCCUCUGUGGAGGUGUCUGACAUGAAAAAACAGUGUGAGACGAUGCUGGAGCAGUAUGAGGAGGUUGUGGAGGACUGGUACUUCCAUCAUCAGGAUGAGAGGCUGGAGAACUUCCUCUGCCAGAACCACGUUCUCAAGCCAUCGGAGCAAGAAUGUAUUGAGGAGGUGUGGAAAGGGGACAUGGGAGCCAAAGGAGGGGCCGAGAAGGCAGAGAGUGAAAGCACAGAGAAGCAGGGAGCGCGUGAGGAGAAGGAGGAUAAAAGGCAUGACGGCGGGGAGCUAUGAAGACAAGAAGGGAAAUGCAGACAAGACAAUUAAAUACCCUCCGUUUUUUUUUAACGGUCAGCUACCACUUUUUUGCCGGAGGUGGUUAAAACCUUUAUUAGAGUUUCUGAUGGGAGCUGAGACUUUAUAGACUUAAACACUAAAUUCCUCCUGGUAUUUUUAUAUGAGCGGCUGCACCUUUUUAAACACUCAGCUGUAUGGAUGAAGGUUUUCGAAGCCUUUAAAUGAAUACUUGUGUUAAUAUUUUCCAGUAUUAGUGCUGUUACACUUCUUUCUAUGCCGAGGUUAUAUGGUACAUAUCUGUAUUUUUUUUACCCCAGUUUGCAAGUCUCUAAAUGCAAUAUGUACAGGUUUUUCAUUGUGUGAAUAAAAAUACUUUUCUAUGACA